UUUUGUUAUGACAUUUCAAUUGAAUGAGAAUUUUCACUAGGUUAGCGUGACGUUUACAAAUCACAAAACAGCAAACACAAACAUUUCGGAAGGAAUCAAUUUUCUGUGUUGGAAGAAAAUUUAGUAAAAUUUAUGGUGUUAAUAAGUGCACUGAUUGAAAAAAAGCUAUAGUUCAUUGCUAGAUGUAAUUCACGUUCACAUUCAUUGAAGUGUUCAAAUAGAAGCAGCAAAAUGAGUGCAAAAAAGUAUCUGAAGAUGCCUGCCCAGCAGCCAACGCAGCCUGCGGCCAAAACAGAAAAGGAAGAGAAAUUAUGGAACGCACUAAAGCGGCACAUUAUGCGAGAACGCGAACGGAAGAAGCAAGAGCUUGAAGCAGAGGUAGAGGAGGAACGCCUACGGAGGGAACGCGAGGAGCGGGAAAAACAGGACGUGAUGACGCUCGGCGAGACGAAGGAACAAAUACUGAUGCUCGAGAAAAAUUUGGACGAGCUUAGGAACGAAAAGCAGCAACUAUUUUUGCAGUUGAAAAAAGUGUUGAACGAGGAUGAUAACAGAAAGCGGCAGAUGAAAGAGGAGAUGUUUGCGAUACAGAAUAUACCACAACAAAUAUUCCUACCCCAGCGACCGAUGCCACCGCAUCAGCAGCACAUGAUGCACAAAGUGAGUCCACCCGAAGUUCUCCUUUCGUCGGAACGCAUAUUCACCGACGCUUACCCCAACUUGCAGGGCAAUCCGCAGGUGAAUGCGGCCAAACGCACGCACAGCCCUUCACCGUCACAGCACAUCCAGGGCUACUAUAAGCAGCCCAAUCCCAACAAUCAACCGUACCCGCCGCAGCAGAAGAUCGAGGAAGGUAGACGGGGCGGAGAAGUGGCCCGUGCCGUUUUGUGGAACAAAUCGCAAUACUGUCCACCGGUUGGUUUCUAUCCCGGUACGCCACCCUCGAACCCCCAGGAUGGUCGGCAACCGCAGCCACAGAUUUUGUAUCCGUACCAGAGCAGCCUAACGAUCCCGAUGCGCCAGUACGUCGAUAUACCGUCCCAGCCAGGGCCGCCGACACAACCGAAACCGGAACAGCUGGUGGUGAGCGGUAAGGUGGGCCCGUUGCCACCAUCGCAGCCAAACAUUUAUCACAUCAAUCUGGAUCAGCAGACGGCGGCUGCAAUCCACAGCCAGCAGCAACCGCCACCGCAGAUGAAAACCAUUACGAUCGAGAAGAUACCGCAGGAGCGUAUCGUACCGUACCAUAUCGAGCUGGCCAAGCACGACGAUCGUACGAAGGAUCUGCGACAGUUGCAGGGACCGCCACCGUCGCAACCGGGUGUCGUCGCAACGCAUCUGCCGGAUGGAAUCGUUUACGCGCCCGGUCUACGUCCCGGUGCUAUACAAAUGCACACGAUUGCUACCAAUCAGCAAUUACCCAAGGGUGGAAGCAUUACACAGGGCUACCCGUCGGCAAGACCGCCACCGAUCAGCAAUCCUCAGCAACCGCCACCUUCACAGAUGCAUUACAAUCGCCACCGUUACUAGCGUGACAUGGGUCCCUAAAGGUCUCUGUGCGAUCAUCGCAAAAAUACGGGGGGAAAAUAAGUUUUACUAAACUGGGCAAUAUAUUGUACGAUGUUUACAAGUUACAAUUUUUCAAUCUGAACUAUUAGGCUGCAUGAUGGUGAGACGUUACAAUGAUAAGAGUAAUAAAUCGAUUCUAACCUAGACAAGGUUUCGAUUUCAAAA